GAGAGGGACUGUCCCCCCGCGCCGUCAUUUCUGCCCGGCACUGGGCUGCCUUGGCUGCCGGCAGCGGGAGGGGGUCGGCUGGCGAAGGGGACCGCUCGGCUGAUUCCUGGCUUUCUCCUGUCCUGUCGCGGAGGUGGCUGACGGCUGUCGAGGCUGAUCCAUCGGGCUCGAAGACACUUGCAGAAGUAGCAAAGUGAUGUGAAGUUAUCUUCCAAGAUGACUCUUCUACCUGGAGAAAAUUCCGACUAUGACUAUAGUGCCCUGAGCUGUGCUUCAGAUGCUUCUUUCAACCACACAUUCUUUCCAGAAACAGAAACCCUUAAGGGAGUCUUUUACCAAAGAGCCAAGCUAAUUCACCCUCAAGAGGAUCUCCUGAAAGGCUUUCACCCUGAUGAUCGGAAGCAUCAUAUUAUUAUAAACGUAGGAGGCAUUAAGUAUUUGCUUCCUUGGACCACACUUGAUGAAUUCCCAUUGACACGUUUGGGGCAGCUGAAAUUCUGUAACAACUUUGAUGACAUUCUAAACAUCUGUGAUGAUUACGAUGUGACAUGUAAUGAAUUCUUUUUCGACCGCAACCCAGGGGCAUUCAGGACAAUCCUGACCUUCUUGCGGGUUGGGAAACUUCGUCUCUUGCGUGAGAUGUGUGCACUGUCUUUCCAAGAGGAGCUUCUCUACUGGGGAAUUGAGGAAGACAACUUGGACUGGUGUUGUAAAAGGAGGUAUCUGCAAAAAAUGGAAGAGUUUACAGAAAUAAAUGAACGGGAGGAUGACUUCAUAGAAAAUGAAGCAACAGGUGAAACGGUAGAGGAGACAAAAAUUGGCUUGUGCAUGAAAAAGUUGCAAGACAUGGUGGAAAGGCCUCAGUCUGGCCUCCCUGGAAAGGUGUUUGCUUGUUUGUCUGUUUUAUUUGUAACUAUUACAGCGGUGAACUUGUCCAUCAGCACCAUGCCUGACCUGAGGGAGGAGGAGGAAAAGGGUGAGUGUUCCCAGAUGUGCUACAAUAUUUUCAUUGUGGAGUCUGUCUGUGUGGCAUGGUUUUCCCUGGAGUUCCUGCUAAGAUUCAUCCAGGCAAAGAGCAAGUUUGCAUUUUUGCGGAGACCGUUAACCCUGAUAGACAUAAUAGCCAUUCUGCCAUACUACAUCACUUUGCUAGUAGAUACCACUUCAGUGGGCUAUAAAAAGCCCAGCUCUGGGAGCAUCUACCUGGACAAAGUAGGUCUGGUCCUCCGUAUUCUCCGUGCCUUGAGGAUUCUGUACGUCAUGCGGCUGGCCAGGCACUCGCUGGGGCUGCAGACGCUGGGGCUGACUGCUCGCAGGUGCACCCGGGAGUUCGGUCUCCUGCUGCUCUUCCUCUGCGUGGCCAUCGCACUGUUUGCACCGCUCCUGUAUGUCAUCGAGAACGAGAUGGCAGACUCGCAGGAGUUCACCAGCAUCCCCGCCUGCUACUGGUGGGCUGUCAUCACCAUGACCACGGUAGGCUAUGGAGAUAUGGUUCCCAGAAGCAUUCCCGGCCAAGUGGUGGCACUGAGCAGCAUACUGAGUGGCAUCCUCCUCAUGGCAUUUCCAGUCACCUCCAUCUUCCACACAUUUUCACGCUCCUACAUUGAGCUAAAGCAAGAACAGGAAAGAAUAAUGUACAGGAGAGCACAGUUCUUAUUAAAAACAAAGUCUCAGAUAAGCAAUGCAUCACAAGGGAGUGAUAUUUUAUUCCCCAGUAUCUCUUCUGAGACGAGGGACAAUGAAUAAGAUUUAAGUUACUUUUUCUCCUGCUGUCAAGCAAUGAAUUGUUUCAUCAGAUUCCAUCUUUUCAUUUGCUUUGGAAGCAUUUUACAGAGGUAACCCUUAUAUUAAAAUGAAGAAAAGGAUCUGUUAACCAGGAAGUGAUGGGGUUUAAGAAGUCUAACCUUAUGCUGUGUUUUCUCCCCCUCGGUAUAUUGUAUAGGACAGAUCUUUCACUGACAUCAUGCAGUGAGAUUUUAGGAAUUAAAAGUUUUCUGACAAAAAAAAGAGCCACAAAUAAUUAUAUACUCAACAGGCUGUUUUGCCAUUUGUAAUACACGUUUUUCCAACUGAAUCACAAUAUAUAUAACCAUUGAACAGGCUGCCAUUUUUCUUGUUCUUCCUGUAUAUAAAUAAUGUAAAUACAACAAAAUUAAUGGCUAAAUUCUCUCCCAGUAAAACACCUUAGAGCGUAAUGGAAAUAACCACAGACGUUUGUCCCAUUGUGCUCUUAAAAAAACAUUACGUAAGAUUUGUCAUACACAACAGCAAGUGUAUAUUUCUUUGUAAGUCAGCCCUAAACAUACCAGCAAAGAAGAAUCGAGCUGUUUGUAUCAUAACCUCACUAAAGAUGUAAAUACUUAUAGCUCGCCAGCUUCAAAAUUUAAUUGACGUUACAGUGCUGAUCCGAUGCCACUGAAUGCAGUAUUCCCAGGAACAAAGUCUUUCAGUUUUGUAGCAUUUAAUAUUAUUAUCAAGAGGUUACUAGCUUCAAAUCAAAUGAAAUAUGCAUGAUGAGAUGCCAGUCAUUCCCUACCAUCUGUUUCCAUGAUUUUACUUUACCUCAGAUAUGAAAUAGAAUUAAAAGAGGUCUGUUUCCAGGGGACACCCUACCAUUACUUGGCAAAUCGCUGCUGCGGCUACCCAUUCACAUUCAGCAUUUGGCUCUUUAAAAGGAGCGCAUAAUACAUGGUCGUGGGAAGUUGCCAAUGAUGAAAAAAAGAAAUAUCAUUUGAGUCAUGGAGGGUUACUGACAGCUUUAUGCUUUACUGUCCUCAAUCAUCAGGGACUUAAGACUUAAUUAUCUAUACCUUUGCUAUCAUUACAGACAUCAUAGUAAUGGGGAAAAUUUCAAAUAGGAUAUGAAAAAGCAAUUAAGGUCUCAAACCACAACCAUGUGCUCUUCAUCCACAUGCGUGUCCUGGUCUUGGUUUCCCUGCUGAAGUCAGUGGGAGCACAUGGGUCAAUGAGAUGCUCGGGUUUGGCACAGGUUUCUGUGGAGAUUAAUGACAGACCUCCCAUUUAUUUGAGAGGGAAUGAGACUGGCUUGUGUAACAGCUCAGGAGACAAACUCCAGAACAUUAAAAAAUGAAUUAAAUGAAUUAAAUCCACCUGUUUGAUUUGAUGUGUGCUCAGAGAAAAAUAAAACUUAAUCUGAAGAGUUUCAUCAUUUUUUCCCCCUUUUUUAUUAAAUUUACUUACUAACAGUUAAGAACUAGGGAAUUGUAGAAGUUCCCAUUCCAUUCACUAUGCAAUGCUUCUCUAUCCUAAUGUUCAAAAUUACUGUUGCUGAUUGGCAUUUCUGGAGCAGCUGGCUAGAAAUGCCAGAAUGCAUGAUGGGUUCUUGAAUUAAAUUAAGGGCAAGGACACAACCAUUGUCCUUUCAAAAAAGUUUGAAUUAGUUCCUCAGCCUAUGCUGUUUGGCCAGGCCCGUGUUACACUGGCUUUCUUUUCAAAUGCCUUUAAAAUACAAUUUGAAAGUGUUCU